AUGCCAGUUCAAGGUUUACGGACGGUCGCGGCGGCCAGGAAUGGUGUCGGGGCUUUUAUCCUUCAAUGCAAGCGUCUCGACUUUAACUACUGCACUCAUGGUGGCAGCUCUCGCGGAAUGCUCGCCUUCUUGACCCAGACCCUCCCUGAUUUCGCCCGCGAAAACCCCCAGAUUGAAAUCCGAGUAGCACCUCGACACAACAAGCACCCUGUAAUCAAGGGCCAGUACAUCAACGGCAAAGAGAAGGCAAUCUGUGUACGGAACAUGGAGCCCGGCGAGAUCCUUAAGAAAGCAAUGAUCCUUAAGGACGCGAGUGGAGACAAGUUGAAGCGGACUAAGAAGCCGGUGACGAGUCUUAACGAGAGUGUGCGUGGUAUCUGGUCGCCAUACCACGGUGAUAUGCGUGGUGUAUAG